UUAUUCAAGAAAAAAAAGGAGCAAAAGCAGGAUCAAAACAACUUUUCAACCAUGAAUAAAUAUAGGGUGAAUGACAAUCUCACGUUAAACUCACCACACAGGUAUAAAACGCAAUAGUCUCUUCUUCUUCUAUCAUCAACAUCUCCAUAUAAUUCUCAUCUAAACCAACAAACAGUAUUCGCAAUGACAAAGUCUUCAAUCAUCAUCCUUGCCUCCGCCCUUUGCUUGUUAUCCUUCCUGAGCUCGGCUUGUGCCAAAGAGCGCUUCUUUGUAGAGGGCACGGUUUACUGUGACACAUGUCGUCUUCAGUUCCUGACGAGGAUGUCUGAGUUCAUGGAAGGUGCGACUGUGCGGGUGAUGUGCUCACAAGUUGACAACGCAAAGAACGUGACAUUCGACAAAGAAGCAACUACAAAUGCAUUGGGAACUUACAGAACGGAGGUGGACGGAGACCACGAGGAAGACACUUGCGAGGUGACCCUUCUGAAGAGCCCAAGAUCAGAUUGCAACGAGAUUGACAAAGAGGCUCACCUGUUACAGGCUGCCAGAAUCAGCAUCACUAAGAACAAUGGAAUCGUCUCCAACGUUCGCCAGGCAAACCCUCUUGGAUUUCUCAAGAAGGACCGUCUCCCUGGCUGCGCGGAACUUAUCAAAGAGCUUGAAAUCAACGACGAUGGCACCCCCAUCCCCAACUGAACAACCCCUCUAAUACAAACAUACCAAAACAAAACCUCAUGAAUAGGAUACAUCAUACAUACCUAAGUAUCCCUGUUAGGUUUUGUUCCUGCUGCUAUUUUUUUGCCAUUCCCUUUAUAUAUUUAUAAAAUAAUCAGGAUGUUUGCUUAGUAAUGUACGACUUUGGCCUUGGGAUGAGUUUUUCUACUU